AUAUUAAUGAGUGUGAGCGAGCUUCCAACUGUCAGCGAGGACGCUGUAUCAAUACGAUGGGCUCUUACCGCUGCGAGUGCCAAAAAGGAUACAUGCCCGUCAGUGGGCGCCGAUGCCAGGAGGUUGAGAUAGUUCGGAAUGAUAAGAAGGAGUGCUACCUAAAUCUAGAUGACACCGUGUUCUGUGAUAGCGUCCUGGCAACCAACGUUACUAAGCAGGAGUGCUGCUGCUCUAUCGGUGUGGGAUGGGGAGAUCACUGCGAGAUCUACCCCUGUCCCGUCUACCGCUCAGCGGAGUAUCUCUCUCUGUGUCCAGUUGGCAGAGGAUUUUACCAUGAGGAAGGAAAGAUGGAAUAUGGAUUGUCUUUGCGCAGAGAUAUCGAUGAGUGUGUAUUGUUCUCUAAUGAGAUCUGUAAGGAGGGACGUUGUAUGAACACACAGCCUGGCUUUGAAUGCUACUGCCAACAGGGAUUUUACUAUGACAGCAAUCUACUGGAAUGUAUCGGUAAAAUCACACACAAAUACACACAUUUUACU